AUGCCCAAACCAAUUGCAGCUGAACGUGUAGCCUCUAUCAUGCUAUCAUGGCAUUCUCUGGAGGUCAUCUCCUGCCGAAACUUGCAAUCCCUGUGGGCUGGCUACGGCCACAUCUGCGAGGUCACAGUUCGAGCCACCACCAAUGCAGCCGCCUCCCGAAUGCGACGUAUAUGUCGCCAUGAUACCCAAAAGAGCGACGAUCCAGCAGAUACCUUUGCGCUAAUACUCAAGCUCAUAUCCCCACCGCCAAUAGCGCCCGGUUCCAAGGAUGAAGGCCACCUGCGAAAGAUGAUGAGCUACGAAGUCGAACAGUACUUCUACAGCACACUGGCCCCUCGUCUAGACAGUGACGUCCCCAUGGCACACUGCAUUACUACAACACAAGAUAUGAGUGGGAAGCCCGGCGCUGAACUCCUCAAAGGCUUGACCGCUACCAUCAUGACCGACCUGCGGCCUCAAUACCCCGUCGCGGGCGAGAAGCGCUCUGAGCUUAAUGAAACCCAGGUCUACUCCACCCUAGACUGGCUAUCCACCUUUCACAGAAGCACCUGGUCCCUGUUGCCAACGGAUUUGCCUGAACUUCUACUACCCCCUCUCGAAGAAGCUGCACGCAGGCAGAAGGGCGAUCGGUCUGGAAAGGCCAUGUGGCUGAAUGGAGGCUACACUUAUCUUGCUACGCGUCGCAAGGAGUACGCUUCCCUUGCCCACGAUAGAGAUUCGGAAUGGUCCUCUUCACUCUGCAAGCCUACAGGACCCGGCGGUCCGUCCACUGCUGAAAUGGUAGCCAAUGUACUGACUCCACGCAAUCGAGAAGUCGAGACGUACAUCCAUGGUGACGUAAAGUCCGAGAAUCUGUUUACUACCAAGACUGGCAACGAGGUAGCCUUCUUCGACUUUCAAUACAUCGGCCUUGGUCUCGGUGUCUGCGACCUCGCCAAACUGUUUACCUGCUCGGUGCCAUUGGAUAUGCUCACAGAUGAUGGAGAUGCGAUGCCCGACGAGCUCUCGAUGGAUAAGGGAGAGAAGAGCCUACUGGAGCGUUAUCAUUCGAAGCUUCUUACUGGUACAGAGAAGGUGUAUGAGUGGGAUACCUUCGUCAGGCAAUGGGAAACUGCUCUCGUGGACUGGCUAAGGUUUCAGGCUUCGUGGGGUUUCUGGGGAAAUACUGAUUGGCUCGAGGCACGGGUCAGAUCGAUAAUGAAGGACCAAAGCUGGAGGGACUGGCUCAAGGAGCAACAGGGCCUGAUUAAGUAG